GCAUGUAAAUGGUUCUAUAUAUAACUUGUGGCUCUAAAUAGAACCAUUGCCUUAACUAAAGAACCACUGAAGAGGGAUCUGUUUUAAUGGUUUAGCUUUAAAAUAUCGAAUAAAGAAACGCGCUGUACUGGUAAACCUGCUGGUUUUAUAUCUCUGAUUCAGUGUUUUAUUGUUUUUCUAUUAGGUUAUUUCUGUGUUUACCGUGGCUGUGUGCUGCAGUACCGCUUGUUGGCCGCAGGUGGCAGUAAAGGGCGACGCAGCUCCGUUGCCUGCUUUCGGUUUCCGUGGGCUAUUCUAAUUCGUCUCUUUUUGUUUGUUUGUUUGUUUGUUUGUUUCGCUGGAGAUGUUUGAAGAUGAACAGGCGGACAGUAAAAGCCCGGAGGAGUUUGUAGGAUUAGAAGAUUUCACAGCCAGCGGUGCGGAGCAGCUGAGUUUCUCAGCUGGAGAGAAGAUCCUGGUCCAUGACCGAAGCUGUGCUGACUGGUGGUGGGCGGAGGUGGGGGGCUGUUAUGGAUACGUGCCCUCCAGCUACCUGCACCAAGCAGCUGCUGAAGUGGAGGACGCCUGGCAAGAUGAGGAGUAUUUUGGGAGUUAUGGAACUUUGAGGCUUCACCUGGAGAUGCUGUCGGACAGGCCGCGUACAGAGACGUACAGGCAGGUUAUCGUGAGCAAUAGCGCCUCCCUGAGGGGGAAGGUGGUGAUGGAUCUGGGCUGCGGCACCGGCAUCAUCAGCCUGUUCUGUGGCCGUCUGGCUCAGCCUGCAGCGGUAAAUACCAGCAGAGGAGACACGGUGUACGCUGUGGAGGCGAGCGCCGUGGCCGAACACACAGAGAAGCUGGUGAAGCUGAACGGCUGUGAGGGAGUGGUGACCGUCUUUAAGUCCAGAGCGGAAGAGCUGACGCUGCCUUCGAAGGUGGAUGUGCUGGUCUCAGAGUGGAUGGGAAACUGUCUUCUGUUUGAGUUCAUGGUGGAGUCGGUGCUGUGUGUUCGGGACCGCUGGCUGAAGGACGGAGGGAGGAUGUGGCCCUCGUCUGCCUCUCUGAGUCUGGUACCCUGCCAGGCUCACCCUGACUACACACAGAAAAUGGAAUUCUGGGAGGAUCUCUACGGCCUGGACUUCAGCUGCCUGCAGCCGGUUGCGCAGGAGGAAUUCUUCUCUAAGCCGAAAUUCAGCCAUGAGCUCGACCCUGAGGACUGUCUCUCCACCCCCUGUGAUGUCAUCACUCUUGACAUGCACACAGUUCGCGUAUCAGACCUCGAGAAGCUGAGAGGAGAAUUCCGGUUCCCUGUUGAAAAGUCUGGAACGUUGCAUGGUUUCACUGCCUGGUUCAGCACUUUCUUCCACAGUUUACACGAAGGAGGACCAACACUAGAGCUCAAUACAGGACCAAACUCUGAGCCAACUCACUGGAAGCAGACUCUGUUCAUGUUGGACGCACCAAUCCCAGUUGAGGAGGGGGACUGUGUUGGCGGAGCCAUUGUCCUGCACAGAAACCCUGUAUGGAGACGGCACAUGGCCAUCACUAUAGAGUGGAGUAUAAAAAGCAAAAACGCUGCUGUGUUCUCUGAGGUGAAAUCUAAGCGCUUCCCCAUGUGGAGGUGACCCUUAGCUGCCUGAUCAGAGAAAAAUCUACAACUCCAGCAUUUGUUUACAGUUUUCAUCUCCGUAACGUCCAGGAUGGUGACUGGUAAUGUCUAGAUUCUGGUUAAUGUCCGAAAAAGUCCAGAGGACUUUGUUUACACUGAUUUACAACAAGAAACACGACCUGACAGCAUCAUGACACGACCAUUACUGAUUAUUAAUGAAUUAAUUUCUCUUGUCUACUUAUUUGUAGUCAAUUAGUAAAAAUGAAACACUUAAAUGCCUAUGUUUUAUGAUAAGAUCUGUAUAUAAGUCUUUCUGUUCUUUUAUAUUGUCAGUUUUUUACAUAGGUAUGAACUAAUGUGUCUACAAAAAUUCAUUACAGUUUUCAGUGCCACACAGUCCUCCAUUUACUUUUGGUCAGUACAUAAAGUUUGUUUAUUAAAA